UCCACGCCAACAGAGGGAGACACUGUUCCACUCAGACGGGGCGGGAGCAUAAGCCGCUGCAGUCAACACUACAGUCUUUCCGGUUCGAGCUCUCAUCAAAUGCAACGAUGCUGAUGCCCAAGAAAAACCGUAUCGCCAUCUACGAGCUCCUUUUCAAGGAGGGAGUGAUGGUGGCUAAGAAGGAUGUUCAUCUGGCCAAACAUCCCGAGCUUGCUGACAAAAAUGUGCCCAACCUUCAUGUGAUGAAAGCGAUGCAGUCCUUGAAGUCAUGUGGCUAUGUCAAGGAGCAGUUUGCUUGGCGCCAUUUUUACUGGUACCUCACCAAUGAGGGGAUUCAGUACCUGAGAGACUUCCUCCACCUUCCCCCAGAGAUUGUGCCCGCCACACUGCGCCGCCAGACUCGUCCUGAGACAGCGCGACCAAGGCCCAAGGGAAUGGAAGGAGAGAGGCCCGCCCGUCUGAAUCGGGAGUCUGACAGAGACGCGUACAGGAGAUCUACUGCCCCACCUGGUGCUGACAAGAAAGCAGAGGCUGGUGCUGGAGCUGCCACAGAGUUCCAAUUUAGGGGUGGCUUCGGACGCGGCAGAGGACAGCAGCCUCAGUAACUUUCAUAAUCUGUUUCUGUACAAUAAAAGCGAAAACUCAG